GAGAAUCACGCGCGCGACAAGAAAACGGAAAACCUUUCUUUCUUCCUUCCCUUUCUCUGAUUCUGAUACAAAUUUUCUGUUUCCCAUGCGCAUUUUCUUUUGGAAAAAAUAAAUAAAACGAGGCGAAAUAGCCGCGAGCGCUUUUCGCGAAUUGUAUUGUCUCACGCAAACUACGCGGUGAAGUUUGAUUAGAGGGAUGGAUUCGGCGAGGAGUUGGUUUUUGAAGCUACAGCCGAGGGAUAAGAUGAGGGCUUCCACGAGGAGGAAGGGGCCCUCGGCCAGCGGUGAAGGAGGAGGAGAAGGGAAUGACGAAGCGAAUAUGGACGAAGAGGCUCUCUCCAAUGUCACCAAACAAAAGGUCGCCGCUGCCAAGCAGUACAUUGAGAAUCAUUACAAGGAACAAAUGAAGAAUCUGCAAGAAAGAAGAGAGCGACGGACGAUCCUGGAAAAGAAGUUGGCAGAUGCUGACGUCUCUGAGGAAGAUCAAAAUAACUUAAUAAAGUUCUUGGAGAAAAAGGAAACCGAAUACAUGCGCCUUCAGAGGCAUAAAAUGGGUGUUGAUGACUUUGAAUUAUUAACUAUGAUUGGCAAGGGUGCAUUCGGAGAGGUUAGAGUUUGUAGGGAAAAGACAACAGGCCAUAUAUAUGCUAUGAAGAAGCUUAAAAAAUCAGAAAUGCUGCGUAGAGGCCAGGUUGAGCAUGUGAAAGCUGAAAGGAACCUGCUUGCAGAAGUUGACAGCAAUUGCAUUGUCAAACUCUACUGUUCUUUCCAAGAUGAGGAGUUCCUUUAUCUUAUAAUGGAAUAUCUACCUGGUGGAGAUAUGAUGACGUUACUUAUGAGAAAGGAUAUCUUGACUGAAGAUGAAGCUAGAUUUUAUGUUGCAGAGACAGUUUUGGCUAUUGAAUCUAUCCACAAGCACAAUUAUAUUCAUAGGGAUAUCAAGCCUGACAACUUGCUAUUGGAUAGAUAUGGACACUUGAGAUUGUCAGAUUUUGGACUAUGUAAACCUUUAGAUUGCAGUACUCUCCAAGAACAUGAUUUUUCGGUAGGAGGCAACAUUAAUGGGGUUACACAGAAUGAUGAACGCCCAUCAGCUCCAAAACGAACACAGCAAGAGCAACUACAGCAUUGGCAAAAGAAUCGGAGAAUGCUUGCUUAUUCUACUGUUGGUACUCCCGAUUAUAUAGCUCCAGAAGUCCUCUUGAAGAAAGGUUAUGGAAUGGAAUGUGAUUGGUGGUCACUUGGUGCCAUUAUGUAUGAAAUGCUUGUGGGAUAUCCACCAUUUUAUUCGGAUGAUCCAAUGUCAACUUGUAGGAAGAUAGUAAACUGGAGAACUCAUCUUAAGUUUCCUGAAGAAGCAAAGUUAUCUGCAGAGGCAAAAGACUUGAUUAGCAGACUCUUGUGCAAUGUCAAUCAGAGACUAGGAUCAAAAGGGGCAGGUGAAAUUAAGGACCACCCAUGGUUUCAAGGUGUGGACUGGGAUAGGAUAUAUCAAAUGGAUGCUGCUUUUAUUCCUGAGGUUAAUGAUGAGCUAGAUACUCAAAAUUUUGAAAAGUUUGAGGAGUCUGAGAACCAGAGUCAAACACAAGCAAAAACAGGUCCGUGGAGGAAGAUGCUUUCAUCAAAGGACAUCAAUUUUGUGGGGUACACAUACAAAAAUUUUGAAAUUGUCAAUGGUUAUCAAGUGCCUGGGAUGGCUGAGUUGAAGAAGAAGAACACGAAACCAAGGAGGCCGUCGAUCAAGUCACUUUUUGAGGGUGAGUCAGAGUCAUCAGAUACUUCAGACUCGACUACUAGUGAUCAGCCUGUUCAAGGGAGCUUUUUGAAUCUGUUGCCUCCCCAACUGGAAGCCACUGAAAAGCAGUGUGGAUCCCAGUAACUCGGCCCAUCUUUCGGACUGUUAGAAGACAAGUUCGUCUGCGGGUCACUAACCAAUCACAUUCUGACACUCAAACGGCGUUUUUCCAUGACACCUUUUACAUUUGGAUAUGUUUGUGGCUGUAUCUGCAGGAACUUCAGGUUUGAUAGAACAGCUUAAGGCUUAGAUGCCAAGGAAAGCUACUGCUUAUCAAUGUUGACUUGGGCAAGAGUGGAUUAAAGUUUUAUUUGUUUCUUCUUUUAAAAUAAAGAUCAAAACAAACAGGGAGUAUAGAAAAGGAAAAAGAAAAAGAAGGGAGUGUGAGGAGUAACUACUGAUUCAUUCUCUAAUGAUAGGUGUAAAAUAUUUUCUUCUUUAGUAGUGUCAAAAGCAGCAAAAUGUUGUACAAAGACACUCUUUUAAUUUAUACCAUCAUGUAUGCAUGCAUUA